AUGCGCUUCUCUCAGGGCAUCAAGGCGGCGGCUCUCUAUGCUCCAGCCGUGACCGCUAUCGCUACAGGUCAAACAACCACCAAGAUCCAAGCCCCUGCAACUGUAUCGGUAGAUGCGUCCCAGAUAGUGGCACACGACUUCGCCUCCUUCUCGAUCCCAAUUCAUUUCUUCGCAGACUACGCCGGUAACAAAAGUAGUCCAAAUGAAUUCUCUCGCGAUAUCAUCGAGCUUCUACACAAGAAGACAGGCGCUUAUCCCCACAUCCGCGUAGGCGGUACAUCGGCUGACCGGGCCAUCUACAACGCCUCACAGACCGAGUCCAUCAUUCUCUCAUCAGAGUACGAUAAUGGAAUUCCUCUCGAAGUCUACAUUGGCCCGACGCUUUUCGAAGGCUUUGAAAGUUUCCCCGGUGUUCCCUGGACAUUCCAGGUGAAUCUUGCAAAUAACAAGAGCGACGCGUUAGAUAAUGCCCUUGCUGAGGCUAGAGUUGCACUGAGUCAUAUCAGGGAGAACCUGGUCGCAUUUGAAGUUGGAAAUGAGCCUGAUUUAUAUCCUGGUGCCGUCAGACCGUUGGAUUUCUCGACAGCGGACUACGUCCGGGAGUGGACUUAUUUCGCAGAUGCGAUUUCCAACGAGGUCCUGCGGGGUAACUCUUAUGGGUUGGAUUAUUGGAGAAUUUUCCAGGCUUUGACAUUUGUGUUCAAGGGUGAUGGAUUCUCUGCGGCUAAGGCAUUCAAUGAUGGGAUCGAUGACACCGGUCACGUCAAGACGGUUUCUUUGCACCAAUAUGCAUCUGGAAAUCAGGCUUGGGUCCGACUGCAAAAUUCCUUCAUGAACCAUACCGCAAUCGCUGGGAAUCUAACUCAGUAUAUACCCGACAUGGAAGCAACGUACGCCGCUGACCCUAGCAUCGAAUUCCUGCUCGGCGAGACAAACAGUGACUAUAUCAAUCUCGACAUGGCACAAGUAGAAGGUGUUUUCGGAAGCUCGCUUUGGCUGCUCGAUUAUUUGCUUUACGGAAUGAGCAUGGGUAUCAGCCGCUUCAAUCUCAUCCAAGGAACUACCUUCGGGUACGCUGCUUGGGUCCCAGUGGAGAACAACGGCCAAAGACCAGGCGUUAGACCUCCACUAUAUGGUCAACUCGUUGCCGCAGACGUAAUUGGUCGCCACAAUAAAGUCCACGUCAAAUCAUUGGAUCUCGGUCUCUGGGACCUGUCUGCAUACGCUGUCUAUGAGUCGGGUGUUUUGGCACGAUACGUCGUGAUCAAUCUUGAUGAAUGGAAUGCCACGACGAGCUACGUGCGUCCUACCCGGAAGGUUUCUCUCAGUGUACCACGUGGUGUGAUCUGGGGGGAGAUCACGAAGUUGUCUGGGCCUGGGGCUAGCUCUGAUACGGGGAUUACUUGGGGUGGUCAUAGUUGGAACUAUACUACCCAUGGAAGACUUGGACAAUUUGGAAAGAAGCAGUCUACGCUUGUGUAUCCGAGAUCUGGGCUCCUGAACCUGGACAUCUUUUCUACGGAGGCUAUUGUUGUUGAGCUACAAAGGUAG